ACAAGUUUGACUGACCCUUUGCACAUGUGAGCGAGCAAAGAAGUGAGAGCGGUGUUUAUCGAUAACUUUUCACGUAUCGGAGAUUAUCAUCGGCCUGACAGCGAAAUAGAUGAAAAAGAAGCAGCCGGUGGCAGAAGACGAAGAAGAGAAGAUGAGUCCCUUACAUGCCUCUCAGGAGGAGGAAAGUGACGCUCCUGUUAAAGCCAAACGGAGCAAACCUGACAGUGAUGAGAAGGACGUUGUGUAUCACCCGGUGAAGCUGUCUCGGAGUGACCUGUACAGACCUCCCACUGCAGAGGAGCUGAACCAGCUGAAAGAGGCAGAGAGCUUGUUUCACUGCAGCCUGCUGAAAAUGCAGAUGGAGGAGCUGCUGAAAGAGGUUGCCCUCAGUGAGCACAGGAAACUGCAAAUAGAUACCUUCAUUCAGACGGUCACCAAAUUGCUCCAGACUGUGCCAGAUUCUCCAGAAGUUGAGGUAAAUGACCUGUCUUGGCUAUCUGAUGCAGUUAAGAUUCCAUUUCUACUGCUGCCUAAAACAACAAAAGGCAAGUUCCAUAUGACACCUCCCGCCUCUGUCGAUCUGAUCGGAAGCUACCCUCUGGGCACCUGCACCAAACCACGCAUCAUGGUGGACCUGGCUGUCACUAUCCCAUCUGACGUCCUCCACCCGAAGGACGUCUUGAAUCAGAGGUAUCCAAGAAAAAGGGCUCUCUACCUCGCAGGCCUGGCCCAAUAUCUCACAUCCUGCAAUGACAUCGGACCAAUGCGUUAUUCCUGUCUCCAUGGGAAUCGCCUGCGACCCGUUCUACUGUUGACUCCUCCAGACUCUUCCAGCUUCACCGUGCGUCUUCAUGCCUGUCCUCCUCCUGGGUUCUUCAAGCCCAAUCGUUUCCAUCCCCAGAGGAAUAACAUCCGGACAGAGUGGUACACUGGGUUACAGAACUUUCAGUCUGAGAGCAGCGAACCUCCCACUCCACAUUACAACAGCUCUGUUUUGGGGGAUUUACUGCCCAGGGCUCACCUGCAGUUUCUUUCUGCCAUCCGCUCCCAGUGCUCAGCUUUCCCAGAAGGAAUGGCUUUGCUCAAAGUCUGGCUGCGGCAAAGAGAGCUUGACCAGGGCACUGGUUGCUUUAGUGGCUUCCUGGCGUCAAUGCUGUUGGCCUAUCUGCUGACCACGCACAGAAUCAGUAACACCAUGACCGCCUAUCAGCUGCUUCGCAACAGCUUGAAUUUUCUGGCCUCCACAGACCUGACGGUGAAUGGGAUCACCUUAGCCAAAGAUCCUGACUCGACAGCUCCGUCUCUUGCAGAGUUCCACAGUGGUUUCCAGGUGGUGUUUGUCGAUCCCUCAGGACAUCUCAACCUGUGUGCCGACAUGACCGCUUGUACCUACAAACAUGUGCAGCAUGAGGCGUCUGUGUCGAUGCAGUUCUGGGACGAUCCUACAGUGGAUGGGUUCCACAGCCUCCUCAUGACCCCCAAACCCAUGAUAAGGACCAGCGACCACGUAUUCCAGUUAUGUGAGCUGGUCAAGCUUCAGUCCACCUGUAAGAAGGCGAAUCUCCUCAAUGAGCUGAUGGACCAGAGCGGAAACUAUGUGGAUGCCGCGCUCCCGUUUAUACUGUCGCUGCUUCAACAAGGACUGGGUCAAAGGAUUAGCCUUCUUACCCACUCCCUCUCUCCCGUCCCUGAGUGGUCUGUGGAAAGUGAAGCCCCGAAACACAAAGCGCAGCCUCCACUCUCCUUUGGUCUGCUCUUGAGGCCGGAGCUGGCAUCCUCUGUGCUGGAACGAGGCCCACCUGCCGACAGCCCCAAGGCUGCCGAGUUCCGUCAACUGUGGGGUUCCCGCUCUGAGCUGCGUCGCUUCCAGGACGGUGCCAUCACGGAGGCAGUGCUGUGGGAUGGGGAGAGCAUGUGCCAAAAACGACUGGUCCCCAAACAGAUCAUCGCACACCUGCUGCAGCUACAUGCAGAUGUCCCCGAGUCCUGUAUGCGGUAUAUGGGGGCGAUGGUGGAUGACGUCAUCAAAACGGGAAAUGAGACAACAGGAGAGGAGGAGAGUCUGCUGGUGGUUCAGGCUUACGAUGACUUGAGUAGAAAACUGUGGCAGCUGGAAGGUCUUCCUCUCUCCAUCACAGCAGUACAAGGAUCUCACCCUGCACUCAGAUACACACAGGUUUUUCCACCUCAACCACUGAAGCUGGAUUAUUCCUUCUUUGAGAGAGAAAAGGUUUCCAGGUCAUUGUUGCCAAAGGAAGGCAAACCAUGUCCUGCUUAUGUCACCCCUGUCACAGUGAUUUGUCACAUGGAGGGCAGUGGAAAGUGGCCUCACGACCGCCUCGCCAUCCGCCAUAUCCGAGCUGCUUUCCAGAUUAGCCUGGGCGAGUUGCUGAACAAGCACCAUGAUUAUACGUGCAGGCCCUGUGCCUCUCACCUGGAUGUUUGGAAGGAUGGCCUGCUGUUCCGCAUCCAGGUGGCUUAUCACCGGGAGCCUCAGGUGCUGAGGGAGAGCAUGAACGAGGCUGGCCUUCUGAUUGUGAGAGACAACGAGGAGGCUCAGGCUCUGGAGACGAUAACCAUUCACAAGCCUCUACUCACAAGCACAUUACAUGGGUUGCAGCAGGAGCACCCGUGUUUUGGGGCAGUGUGUCGUCUGGCCAAACGCUGGCUGGGGGCUCAGUUCUUCAGUGAAGACGUCACAGAAGACACGGCCGACCUCCUGGUGGCGUCGCUUUUCCUGCAGCCCGCACCUUUCACCCCUCCUGGCUCCCCUCAGGUGGGCUUCCUGCGUUUCCUUCAUCUGCUCUCAUCCUUUGACUGGAGGAACAGCCCACUGGUCGUCAAUCUCAACAACCAGCUCACAGCCACUGACUACACAGAAAUCAAGAAUGACUUCAUGGCCUCCAGGGAGUCCCUGCCCGUCAUGUUUAUAGCUACGCCUAAGGACAAAAAGAUGUCUUUGUGGACCAAGAGAGCACCCAGUGUACAGAUGCUCCAGCGUGUGGUGAUCGUGGCCGCCGAGAGUCUGAAGGUGCUGGAACGUCAGCUGAUGGACGGCAGCCAGAUACAAGACGUCAGGGUGGUCAUGCGUCCUCCUCUGGAAGACUACGAUGUGUUGAUUCACCUGGACCCAAAGCAGGUUCCCCUCCUCAGCCAAGCAGUGGACGCUCCCUCCAUCAACUUCAGCAGGGGCACAAGGGCGAUUGGUAAGAUUCUGCCCGGAGGCGCCCUGCCCGUCAUCGACUACAACCCGGUGACACUGUACCUCACGGAGCUCAGGGAGGCGUUCGGAGACCUCGCGCUCUUCUUCUGCGAUCCCUUUGGCGGAACAGUGAUUGCAGUUUUAUGGAAACCAAAGGCUUUCGCCUCGAUGCCUUUCAAGACGUCGCAGAUGUCCGCUCGCAGUGCGGCGGUGACCGGGGACGAGGUGAGCACGCUUCCCAACGUGGAGGCGAUACUGGAGGACUUCAGUGUCAUGGGGAAGGGGCUGGUGAAAUCAGUGGACGCAAGGACUGAAAAGUGGUCAUUUUAAAAAAGCGCUGUUGCUGUUUUAAGUUCAGCCACGUUUUGUUUUUUGAUGUAGCUGCGUCGUGUUCAAUAAAUACAUGUCUGCUCUUUUCA